AUGAGCCUUGUGACCACAGCACAUGCAGGGAUCUAUGGAUGUUCCAUAACUCACAACCACAUCCCCUCUGUGUGGUCAGGACACAUUGACACCCUGGAGAUCGUAGUCACAGGAAUACACAAGGAACCUUCUCUCUCAGGCCAGGUUGUCCCCGUGGUGAUGUCAGGAGAGAACCUGAACUUUUUCUGUGAGCCCGAGAUCUCGUUUGACAAGGACCAUAUAUCCAGGGAGGAGGAGGCCCAUGAACAACAGCUCACUAGAGGGCAGAGCCGCAAUAGUGCAUUUCAGGCCAUCUUCCCUCUGGGUCCUGUGACCCCAGCCCACAGCAGGACCUAUAGCGGCUAUGGUUCUUUCAAUCACUCUCCCUGUGCGUGGUCAGACCUGAGUGACCCACUGCAACUUUCUGUCACUGAUGCAGCCUGA